GUGAAGUGCUCGUAUAGAUUCCUCUACAGUUAAGCGAUAUUGAUAAAGAAAUAGUGAGUGGGAGAUAAAGAGAAUAAGUUUAGUUGUAUACAUUUGUUAAUGAAGGACAUAGUCGACAUGUGUCUAAUACCUUAUAUUACGGCCAAUAUCUUACUGGCUUUAAUUUGCAAUGCUGCUGCGGUUUCUGUUCUGUCCGAACCAGAGGAUGGAAAGGCAAGCAGUUACCUUAUUGGAAAGUGGAGACUUUGGUACACCUUUUUCGAUGUUAAUUAUGAUGGGGUCAUAUCUAUUGACGAGUUUAAACAAUAUGAUUUUAUAUUCGACAAAGGUCUAGAUAAUGUUAAUAAUGGACAACUUAAGACCAAAAAAGUUAGGUUUUUCAAGCUAUGGAAGACGGUUGUCUUAAAUAACAAGAAAGAAAUCUCGAAAGAUGAGUUCACAGCAUUGAUGACGCAAAGAUUUGAAGCUGACAAAACUGGCUUCAUUGAUAUGAUAAAAGAAUAUGAACUGGCAUUGUGCAAAUUAGUAGACAUAAACGGAGAUGACUUCAUAUCAAGAGAGGAAUUCGUGAUGAACCUUUUUGCAGUAGGACACCGUAAUAAGACUAAAGAAUUUUUUCUCGCCUUUCUGCCUAAAAAUGGAAAGAUUCACGUACAAAAAAUAAUAUCUGAAAUUAUACGAUUUACAACUGAGAAUUUUGAGUCAACAGAUAUUUUCAAAAACGAAUACGAAUCAGACAUAUAAACAUAUAAAAAAAGUUCAAAUCAUUUAUUGAAAAGGUUCCGUUCCUUGAAAUAAAGUAAAAACUAGAUACAAAUGUUAGUUAUUUUAUAU